AUGUUCAAGAAGAAGCCAAAUAUCAAGCCGCUUUCGCCGCUCAAGUCUAGUGAUCGCCGCAGGACUGCAGAUCAAAUCAUCGCCGACUUUGGCAUUGAAAUACCCGGGGACCCCAGCGCCGACCCUGAAGACAAAGCAGCCUCCACAGCAGGCCUGACAGCUGCACGGAAGUCGAUUCUCCCAGAGAACGCGCUAUCUGCCCGCUUCACAACUACAGCAGGGCCAGACUUGAAGCAGGUGUCUGGCACAAUAUACGUUGGCAGCCAUGAAGGCACGGGCGGUGAGCAGAGGAUACUCUGGGUCAAAGUUGGGGAGCAGAUGUACCCUACAGUAUACACCCUGUGGCACAACCCCAAGAUCGUACCACUCCUCUACACACCUCUCUACGUCGUCGAAAAGCUACAGGGUGGCGCAGACCUUAUGACCCCCGGGCUGCAGCGAGGCCCGCCGUUCCCCAAGAAGGCCACCAAGGGCGCCAUUGUCGCCAUCGCCAGUCUCGAGGCACCUACCGUACCCAUGGCAGUCGGCACGUGUGCCAUUGAUGUGAGCGCAUUGGGGAGUACACAAGGCACAAAGGGGCAUGCCGUGGAGACAUUCCACUGGGCUAGGGACGAGCUGUGGUCGUGGAGCACUGGCAAUAAACCAGGUCGUGACCCGCCAGCUUUGAUCGAGGCUUGGGAUGAGCAGGCAGACGACGAUACAAGUCUGGUCGAACGGACAGCAGCAGUAGAUCUAGAUGAUAAUGACGGAGGUGUCUCACUUGAUGCUGAUCCCACCGAGCGAUCAAGGGCCGAACAGGCACAAGGAGUCGACGGCGAAAAUGCACCAAGCAACAAGGACUUUGUCGAUGUUGUCGAGGACAAGGAACUGACCACCAAAGAAAUUGACGACGCCUUCAAGAACGCUUUCUUCUACGGCGUACGACAUCACAUGGAACAUAACCGAAGCCAACCAAGCUUUGGCCUGGACUUCCCACUCUCUCAGUCAGCUGUCAUGGCCUUGCUUGUCCAGCCUUUUCUCCCCACCUACACACCCGCACGAACAGCCUCUCUACAGAUCAAGAAGUCAAGUUGGAAGAACCUCAGAAAGUUCAUCAAGCACCUCGAUAAGCAGCAGGUUGUCAAGAGUAAGGACCGCGACGGCAACGAGGUUGUCAUACAAGACAUCGACUUCAAGGACCGACAAAUUGAGGCCUUUGUACCAUAUCGAUUGCCAAAGAAGGACGCAUCAACAGGAGCAAGCGCAAACGGCAAGCCAGCUGCACCUCUGUCAGCAGAAUCCUCGGUGGGACAGAAGCUGAAGCUUGUCUCGUUGCUACGACCCAAGGAGAAGCUAGCUCCUAUCAUUCACGCAGCUAAGGCCGAUCCCCGUGGCUUGUAUACCCCUCACGAACUCAAGCAGCUCCUCAUCGCCUACAUCGAGGCUGAGAAUCUUGUGAAUGCAAAGAAUAGACGCCUCAUCACCAUCAACCCGCAGCUCGCAGAUGCGCUGCUUGGCUCAACUGCUGUAGACAACGCUGCGCUUUCUACAGGGACAAUCGCUCGAGACGUGCUUGCCGAACGCAUGGUCGCCGCUGCAUCACCUUUCCAUGUCAUACUUCGAAACGACGCUGAUGUCAACGAUGCGAAACCCAAGGCCGGCGCACCACCAAAGAUUCAGAUUACCCUUGAAACACGGAGUGGGAACAAGACAGUGACCAAGGUCCACGGCUUGGAACCCUUUUAUAUCGCGCCACAACCACUUGCUGACGAGCUGAGAAAGACAUGUGCUGGCAGUACCAGUGUUGAUAAGCUGCAAGGCUCAAGUCCGAAAGCUCCGGUCAUGGAGGUGUUGGUUCAAGGCCCGCAGAAGGAUGCUAUACUCAAGGCGCUCGAGAAGCGGGGUGUAAAUAAGAACUGGGUGGAGGUCGUCGAUAAGACAAAAGGGAAGAAGAAAUAG